AUGUGUGGAGCAAAUGGAUUGGUGGUCCCCAUCACGGUGGAGCCUUGGAGGCGUGGAGCGUGGCACCUGCUGACGUCUGCUGCGCGGCCGGAUGCGAGCGUCGCCGUGCCUGCUGAGGAACCCUGCCAGAUGCGCGAGGUCGUGCGCUACGCCGGAGCCAUGGCUGCCCUUGAGUCGGGGUUCGGGGGGUCAGGUUUGCCAAAAAUGGAAGAUGUAAAUCCAAGUGUAAACUGCAGCGCGACGACAACGCCUGAGGUCGACACGCGCCGGAGGUCACAGCGCCGCCCCAUCCCACCCGCCCAAGCCCCCGCCGCCGCUGCCACGAAAGCGCCGGCCGAGAGGAAGGGUAGGGGGAAGGGGAAGGGGAAGGCGGCGGUGGAGGAGGAGGAGGCGCCAGAGCCCCAGCCUCUCCCGGCGCCCAUCACGAGGCUGGUCCCGGUGCAGGGGUUAGGGUGCGAGGCGGCGGUGGGGUCGCUGGUGCCCAGCGGGAGCCGGGAGUUCAAGCUCUGCAGCAAGCACACUGAGGGCAAGCAUCCGCUCCACGCCAUCGGCUUCAACUUCGCCGACGCCCGCUACUACGACGUCUUCGCCACCGCCGGCGGCAAUCGUGUGACGACGUACCGUGGCCUCCCCGACGGUAACUUGGCUGUUCUGCAAGCAUACAUUGAUGCGGACGAUGCUCAGUCAUUCUACACUCUGAGCUGGGCUUCUGACCUUGCCGGCACACCACUGCUAGUGGCAGCAGGAAGCAAUAGGGUCAUUCGGGUCAUCAACUGUGCCACCGGGAAGUUGUUUAAGAGUCUUAUUGGCCAUGGUGGUUCAAUAAAUGAGAUAAGAACUCAACCAUUGAAGCCUUCGCUCUUCAUUUCUGCAAGCAAGGACGAGUCUGUUAGGCUAUGGAAUGUCCAUACAGGGAUCUGCAUCUUGAUUUUUGCUGGAACAGGAGGUCACCGUCAUGAUGUAUUGAGUGUUGACUUCCACCCUUCUGAUAUGCACCAAAUUGCCAGUUGUGGCAUCGAUAAUACUGUGAAAAUCUGGUCAAUGAAAGAAUUUCGGCCAUACGUGCAGAAAUCCUUUACAUGGACUGACCUUCCAUCAAAAUUUCCAACAAAAGUUGUCCAAUUUCCGCUUAUGACUUGCGUGGUGCAUUCUAACUAUGUUAACUGUACUAGGUGGCUUGGUGACUUCAUCCUGUCGAAGAGUGUUGAAAAUGAAAUUGUUCUGUGGGAGCCAAAAACAAAAGAGCAGGGUCAUGGCGAGGGUAGCAUUGAUGUUCUUCAGAAGUACCCUGUGCCCGAUUGUGACAUUUGGUGUAUCAAAUUCUCAUGUGAUUUUCACUUCAAUCAAUUAGCAAUAGGCAACCGCGAAGGCAAAAUCUAUGUGUGGGAUGUGCAGACGUGCCCUCCUGAGCUAAUUACCAUGCUGAGUAGUCCGCAAUGCAAAAUGACAAUAAGGCAGACUGCAGUGUCGUUUGAUGGAAGCACGAUCCUAGCCUGCGGCGAGGAUGGCAGCAUAUACCGCUGGGACGAAGUGGAACAUGAAGCUGCCAAAAAUUGAAGCAACCAAAAACCACCGUGCCGUGCGGCCCCAUGGCAAUGCCAGCCAGUUUGAGCUUGAAUUGGGGGGUUGUUGUGUGCUUACUUAGUCAGUGGUACUGGUACCCAUCAGCCUUACUUAGUCGAGAAGCUGGGGUUUAUGAGCUUAUAAUGUUGUAAGUUAGGAUGUUGUUAAUUCGAUGAUUUGCCGGAUGUUUCAGUUCAUUAUGUUUGCUGUAUCAUGUACCGAAUGUGGGAACUAAACUUAAGUCCUCGUUGCUACUAGUUUGUUGUGCAUUCC